CCGACCGUUAGAGAGUUCAUCAUUUUGAACUAAUCCCUCUCUCCGGGUUCUUCCUAACAUUGUUCAACAAAGAAAGCUAUUUUCUCUCUUUUUGAUGAUCUUCUUCACCGAUUCAAAUCCGAUCUAGAAAUGGUGUCAGAAGGAUCCACAGCAAGCGCUUCAGAAUCGAAACCACUUGGAAUUGCAAAUGACGCGGACAGUUUUCUUAGCCCUAGAUUCAAAUCGGCGGCCGCCAUGGCCGGCUGGGAUGAAGAGGCUCUUCUAAUCGCGAGCCUCGUGGUUGACGACACGCCGGAAAGAGAGUUUCAGCAGAAGAAACGAUCUGUUCUCCAGCGCAAGAGUCCUGCAUCUGGUUCAAGAAGGAAACGGAGGACUUUGACGAGCAUAAUUUCGAUUCCGGUGGCUGUUCUUGACCUCGAUGAGACAGAACCCACUGUGAAAGAUGAUGGUCCAAAACAAGAGCCAAAAUCUGCAGAAGCUGAGGCAAAGAAGAGUGAUUCAAUGGUUGAACAGAAAGCUGACGCUUCUUCUUUAACAUCUUCAACUCUCCCAUGCAUGGAUAAGCUCAGAGAAGAGCUUUCUUGUGCUAUUUGUUUGGAAAUUUGCUUCGAACCUAGUACCACACCUUGUGGACACAGUUUCUGCAAGAAAUGUCUAAGAUCUGCAGCUGACAAAUGUGGAAAAAGGUGCCCUAAAUGCAGACAACUAAUAAGCAAUGGGAGAUCUUGCACUGUCAAUACAGUUCUUUGGAACACAAUACAGCUUCUCUUUCCCAAAGAGGUUGAAGCAAGGAAGGAAGCAAAAGAGUGUAAUAGCCGUGAAAAGAAGAUUCAAGACCCAGAAAAGGCAUUCUAUAGUAGUCUGCAGAACUAUGAUACAAGACCAAUUGGCACGUCGAGUAGGCAUGCUAGUACAAGAAGAAGAGGGGAAAUAACAGUUCAGGAGGAGAAUGGUGAAUGGGACAGCAGGGUGACACAACGAGCUGUGUCUUCAAAUGCUGAAAGCAGAGUCCAGUCCAGAAUGCACCGUCGAAGUAUUCGACCAAUGAGGAUGGCGACUCGAGGUGUAGAUGUAAGAAGUAGUAGGAGAGGUACGCCAGACCAAGAUCAGGAUGCUGCUUUAGCGCUGAGGCUACAAAGGGAAGAGUUUUUGGAGGCUUUUAGAGACACCACUCAAGUGCAUACCAGAAGCUCGUUGUCCUUGACUAGAGCUAAUAUAAGAGCAAUUGCUUCUAGGGCAGCCAUUAACCUUCGCAUUAGUGGCCACCAGAAUUUGUAAUCUUGUACUUUUUCUUCGACUAACUUUCGAAUGUCUUGAACUUCUAAUAAUCUAAUGCUAAUCUAAUGCCGAUUGUUCUUGAAUCUUGGACGAACAA